UAAGAAGAAAAAACACUCAAUAUGGACACCUUGGUGUGUGUACUGCUCAUUGUCAACUGGGGAUUUACUGGUCGGUAUGACUAAAGCUAGACCAUUGGAAGGUAUCGUGAUCAGGUUCAACCAGAAAGGACAAUUGAUACAAAAAAUACAACACGACAGCGUUGAACAUGAACAACAUUAUAACAAAAACGUAGCUCUGUAUAGACAUCCUUUAUUCAUAUCAGAAAACAAUAAUGAGGAUGUCGUGGUGUCUGAUAGUGACAGAGCUGUAGUGGUGACAAACCGUGGAGGGAAACAUCGUUUCAACUACACAGGGAUUUUACCUGGAUCAGAUUUUCAUCCACAAGGAAUAUGUACUGAUGCGCUUUCACAUAUCCUGGUAUGUGAUAAUCAAACAGUACAGAUGCUAGAUAAGGACGGCCAGUUCCUGUCACAUCUACUGAUAAGACCAUCAGGGAUAUUCUCACCACAAAGCCUUAGUUAUGAUGUCAACACUCACCGUCUUUGGGUUGGAACAUGCUUCAACAACACUUUGUGUGUAUACAGUUAUAUCAAGAAAAAGGGCGCUAAAACGACACCCGUUGUUAUGAAUUGGCAGAGUGAAAUCAAAAUCGGAAACAAAGAAAAACCAGUGAAUAUGAAUUUGUUUCUCCCGAAUUUGAUGCUUCCCUCUAAGUUACUUAGAUCUUUCACAGUUACAAUUGACAAAGGUGGUAAUCACAUUUUCUUUGUUGCACCAGCCAAGGUCUGGAUAAGUGAUGAAAACAUGAUCUUUUUGACGAACACGAAAGGUGAAAUAAUACAUAAUAUAAAUGAUUUAUGCAACAAUUUAUCUAAUGGAGUGCACACAGUAAAUAGUGAUAGAGAGCUGAUUUAUAUUGAUAAGAAUCAUAAUAUCAACAAAGUUUCAAUGGACAGAAAGGAAACCACCACAUUUGUAGGAACAACAGGUUCUACAUGGAAACCACAGUGUGUUUAUUGGUCCCCGCUCAAUAGAGAUCUUCUUGUUGGAAUGUAUAGUGAGAUAACUGAGUAUACAGGGAAAGGUAAAAUCAUUCGUUACAACCAGACUGGACAAAUCACACAACAAAUACCACAAGGCGACAGAGAACUUGAACUGUAUACAAAACCAAGAUAUAUAACAGAGAACAUAAACGAGAAUAUCAUUGUUUCUGACUAUUCCCUGUGGUCUGGUGCGGUGGUUGUGACAGAGCGUGGAGGACACCAUCGUUUUUCGUACACCGGGCAUCCUCCAGAAUCAGGGAUAUUGCCAAAAGGAAUAUGUACUGACACACUGUCAAACAUCAUUGUGUGUGAUACUAGAUCCAAAACAGUUCAGCUGAUAGACAGAGACGGUCAGUUCCUGACACAUUUACUUACCGAAUCACUAGAGAUGGGAACACCACAGUGCUUAAGUUAUGAUUUCAACAAUCAUUGUCUUUAUGUCGCAUACAACGAAAUGGUGUGUGUCUAUAAGUACGCACCCAAACAGGAUUUUACUGAUGUCCAUGCACACUGACUAUUUAAGAAUGGAUAAUAGGAUACUGGACAAACAAUUUUUGGACUCGGAGGGCUUAUGUUUACAAUUAUUAGAGAUAAAUUUCUAAAUGAGAGAUUAUACAUACGAAAUAGUCCAUACAUAUGGACAAAGAUGGCGACCAAAACAGACGUUAGUGGGCAGC